AUGCCUCUCCAGAUAUUCUGCACCAUCUCCUUCUCCAGCGAGGAAGGACCAAGAGAUGCCGCAGUCACCGGGAGGGGAGAGGAUGGAGCAGACAAGUUUCUGUACGGGCAGGAGGAGGUUGAAGAGGAGGAGGAGGACGCGGGGGCAGCCACGGACUUUGUGGCCUUUGCCAGCAGCUGCACACUGCACGGGCUGAGCCACAUCUUCGUGGAGGGCAGCCUGGGCGCUCGGCAGGCGCUCUGGGCACUGGCCUUCCUCCUCUCCCUCUCCGUCUUCCUCUACCAGGUGGCUGACCGCAUCGUCUACUACCUGGAGUACCACCACAUCACGCUGCUCAGCGAGGAGGACAGCCCCGAGAUGACCUUCCCUGCCGUCACCUUCUGCAACAUCAACUGUGUGCGGGUCUCGCAGCUCAGCCACGAGGACCUGCUCUACCUGGCCCCCCUGGUCGACUAUGAGCCUGGGAUGGAGCUGGGCUUCACCCCGGCCCAGCCUGGCCCUGGGGAUGAGGACGAGCCUCUAAAUUUGUACAGGUUUUUUAACCGUACUUGCCACCAGCUGGAGGACAUGCUGCUGAGCUGCAGCUACCGGGGAGAGCAGUGUGGCCCCGGCGACUUCGCGGCGGUCUUCACCCGCUAUGGGAAGUGCUACACCUUCAACGCGGGGCAGGACGGGAAGCCCCGGCUCAUCACCAUGAAGGGGGGCACCGGCAAUGGCCUGGAGAUCAUGCUGGACAUUCAACAGGACGAGUACCUGCCAGUGUGGGGGGAAACAGACGAGACCUCGUUCGAAGCCGGGAUCAAGGUGCAGAUCCACAGCCAGGACGAGCCCCCGCUGAUUGACCAGCUGGGCUUCGGGGUGGCUCCCGGCUUCCAGACCUUCGUGUCCUGCCAGGAGCAGCGGCUCAUCUACCUGCCGCCUCCCUGGGGCGACUGCAAGGCCGCGGCGGGCGACUCGGAGUUUUAUGACACCUACAGCAUCACCGCCUGCCGCAUUGACUGCGAGACCCGCUACCUGGUGGAGAACUGCAACUGCCGCAUGGUGCACAUGCCAGGCGAUGCCCCUUACUGCACCCCGGAGCAGUACAAGGAGUGUGCGGAUCCAGCCUUAGAUUUCCUGGUGGAGAAGGACAACGAGUACUGCGUCUGUGAGAUGCCCUGCAACGUGACCCGCUAUGGCAAAGAGCUCUCCAUGGUGAAGAUCCCCAGCAAGGCCUCCGCCAAGUACCUGGCCAAGAAGUACAACAAGUCGGAGCAGUAUAUCGGAGAGAACAUCCUGGUGCUCGAUAUCUUCUUUGAAGCCCUGAACUACGAGACGAUCGAGCAGAAGAAGGCAUACGAGGUGGCCGGCUUGCUGGGUGACAUUGGAGGGCAGAUGGGGCUGUUCAUUGGGGCCAGUAUCCUCACAGUACUGGAGCUGUUCGACUACGCCUAUGAGGUGAUAAAGCACCGGCUGUGCCGGCGGGGCAAAUGCCGCAAGAACCACAAGAGGAACAACACGGACAAGGGUGUCGCGCUGAGCAUGGACGAUGUGAAACGCCACAAUCCUUGUGAAAGCAUACGGGGCCACCCGGCAGGCAUGACGUACGCAGCCAACAUCCUACCUCAUCACCCGGCCCGGGGCACCUUUGAGGACUUCACCUGCUAACCGACGUCUGGAUGUACAA